AUGUUUGGCCAAUUUGGAGCUACUUCUGAAGAUAUGUUAGGAAUCACAGUUAUUCUUGAAUUGGGAGAAGUGCCACUUUAUGUGAAAGGAGUUCGAAGAUUUCUUGGUCAUGCGGGGUUUUAUAGAAGAUUCAUUAAAGACUUUUCCAAGAUUUUGAAGCCUUUAUCUACAUUAUUGAUGAAUGGAGUUCCUUUUGAAUUUGGUGAGAAGUGUCGCCAUGCUUUUAAGUUGGAGCAAUGUUGGGUCAAAGAGUUGACAAGGAAUGAGGUAAUCGUAUAUAUUGAUCAUUCCGCUAUUAAGUUUCUUCUGACCAAGAAAGAUGCGAAGCCUCGUCUUAUUCAUUGGGUUCUAUUGUUGCAAGAGUUUGAUAUGGAGAUUAGAGACAAGAAAGGGAUUGAGAACUUGGUGGCAGAUCAUUUGUCUUGA